UUUUUUUUUUCGUCUGUCUUUUAUUGUUUGGUCUCAAGUACGAAUCUUCCUUGCAUUUUGCCUAACAAUUAUAUGUACAAUCAUUUUCUGUGGUGAAGCUAGCCUUUACUACAUUCGUGUAUUUAAACGUAAACGAUUUCUUCAAUUAAACUCCGUCGAACGAACGAUUUCUUAAACUCCGUAGAGAAUUGAUCAGAGCAAUAGUUUCUUUACCACUAAUUUGUAGGGUUUCUUUAUUCUUGAGAGAGUCUUAGCAUGAAAGCCCGAAGAGGAAAGCGCUCCGAGCCCUUUUGGCCAUCCAUUGUUAUGAAGAAAUGGCUGAAUAUAAAGCCGAAGGUUUACGACUUUAGUGAAGACGAAGGUGACACCGAGAGUGAGGAUGAUGCUUGCUCGCUUAAAGACGAAUGUAUGAACGACUCUCGUGUCAAUACAAGACACGAAUUUCAAUCGACUACGGGCAGGAAACCGUCAAAAGACACACCAUUAAAACACCGGAGAGGAAAAUCGGAAACGCUGCGACUCCAGUACAUAAGUACGAAAGAAUUGAGAGUAACAAUCGGAACUUGGAAUGUAGCCGGAAUACAUCCCAACGACAACCUCGACAUCGACGAAUGGCUUUGUAUGCAAGAACCAGCAGAUAUAUACAUCCUUGGUUUUCAAGAGGUGGUACCUUUGAACGCUGGGAAUGUACUAGGAGCAGAAAACAGAAGACCAAUCCCCAAAUGGGAAACCCUAAUUCGGAAAACAUUGAAUAAAUCAUCGGAACCUGAAAUCAGGCACAAGAGCUUCAGCGCGCCUCCAUCUCCGGUGUUCAGAACUUCCUCCGCUUCCGAUAGAUUGGCUGAAGAAGCCGAUUCAACUCCGGCGCUAGGUAUAUUCCGGGAAGAUUCCAUCGCCGAAGCUAACCCUAGAAUUUCCAACGGCGGCGGAUUGGACUGGCCGGAACAAUCACUCGACGCAGCGUCGCAAUCCCUGUCUUCCCGACCUAAAUUCCGACGAGCGAUAAGCAGUUCGGCGAGGAUUGGAUUCACCAAUCAGAACACAUCGUUCGGCGGUGGUUCGGGAUUGAGGAGAAUGCACUCCAGCUCCGGGAAUUUAGGGUUGAUGUUCUGUAAUAGCAUGGAUCGAGAAAACGAAGUUGUUGAAGAAGAAGAAGAAGCUGUUGUGGAUUCUCUGCUUGAUGAUGAUGAUGAUGAUGAAAUGGUGUUGGACAGAAUAUUCGGUGAGGAGAGAGAUUCGUUUGCAGAGAUGGGAGAUUCUAGAAAUGGAAAUGAAAUCGGUGAGUCGAAUCGGAUGUACGUACGAGUUGUGAGUAAGCAGAUGGUUGGAAUAUAUGUAUCUGUGUGGGUGCACAGAAGGUUAAGACGACAUAUCAACAAUUUGAAAGUUUCUCCAGUUGGAGUUGGGCUUAUGGGCUACAUGGGUAACAAGGGAUCGGUUUCCGUGAGUAUGUCUCUAUUCCAAAGUCGUUUGUGCUUCGUUUGUUCGCAUCUAACCUCCGGUGAGAAGCGUGGUGCUGAACAAAGGCGUAAUUCUGAUGUUCUCGAAAUUAUAAAACGGACCCAUUUUUCAUCCGUUUUUGACAUUGAUCAGCCACAGACCAUUCCAUCUCAUGAUCAGAUAUUCUGGUUUGGAGAUUUGAAUUACCGCAUAAAUAUGUUGGACGAAGAUGUAAGGAAACUUGUCGACAAGAAGCAGUGGGCUGAGCUUCUCAACGGUGAUCAGUUAAGUAAAGAACUACGAGAUGGGCAUGUUUUUGACGGAUGGAGAGAAGGGGUGAUUAAUUUCGCACCGACGUACAAGUAUGAGGUCAACUCCGAUAUAUACGUUGGUCAAAACCCAAGAGAAGGAGAAAAGAAGAGAUCCCCAGCAUGGUGUGACCGAAUACUUUGGUUUGGAAAAGGGAUAAAACAACUUUCUUACAAGAGAUCAGAGAUAAGGCUAUCAGACCAUCGGCCUGUUAGUUCGACUUUCUUGGUUGAAGUAGAGAUAUUUAACCAACGCAAGCUCCAAAAAGCGCUUAACUUUUCUAGCGCGGUAGUUUAUCCAGACAUUGAUCUCGAGCAACCAGAAGAAUAUCGACUUUAGAUUGCUAGCAAUUGCGAUAGUGAGUAGGUCGGUUUAUGUAUGUAACACAUAUGGUGCAUCACUCAAUUUUGAAAGAGAUGGAAACAAAAUUUGUGAGCGCGUUUUUGUCGUGUCGCGCCGAAAGGUGUUGGAACUGAGUGUGCUGUGAUUUUGAUUGAUAAAGAUGCAGUGAGCAUGCUGCAAAGAUUCUUUCUUACAUGGAAAUAUACAAUUGCAAGUAGUGCCGUGCCA